UUUGAACACACUGCCAAGACUACACUACAAAUAAACCGUGAGAAUAUCUCUGCAUGCUGCGCACCUGAUCGGGACCCAAUCUCGGACGAUCUGCGUGUGGUUUGUGAGUUCGUGCUAUCUUUUUGGUCCGGUUACCUCAAACGUGUCAUGGAAAAGCCAAAUGACCCAGAGGUCAAGCUCAAGGCAAGCAAGGGAAGCACCACACCCGGACCUGUCAUUGUGGCCAGAGGACAGUGGUCAAAUAAAAGAGAAUUUCUCCUCGCAGUUGCUGGAGAAAUCAUUGGACUUGGAAAUGUAUGGCGGUUUCCUUACCUGUGCUACAAAAAUGGAGGCGGGGUGUUCUUGAUCCCUUAUGUAGUCUUCCUUUUUGCAUGUGGCAUCCCUUUAUUUCUGCUCGAGAUCGCUCUCGGCCAGUACACCAAACAGGGCGCCAUUACCUGCUGGAAGCAAAUCUGUCCCCUCUUCGGAGGGAUUGGUUAUGGAACUCUGGUUGUAGUUUUAUACUCCAGCAUCUAUUACAUCAUUAUAUUGGUGUGGGCAUUUGUGUACCUCUUCUCUUCCUUCACCUCUCAGCUUCCAUGGGCAAGCUGCAGAAACAGCUGGAACACAGAGACGUGUGUGGAGUUAAAUGAAACACGUGUUCUCAACUGGACUGUGACAGAAAACGCGACAUCCCCUGUGACGGAGUUUUGGGAGAGAAGAGUACUGAACCUGACGGCAAGUGCCCACGAGAUGGGUAAUGUUCGAUGGGAGUUGGCUCUGUUUCUUCUUUUUUCUUGGAUCAUCUGUUACUUUUGUGUGUGGAAAGGAGUGAAGUCCACAGGAAAGGUUGUGUAUUUUACGGCCACAUUUCCGUACUUGAUGUUGGCCGUGCUGCUUGUCCGUGGGCUGACGCUGCCCGGGGCCAUAGAUGGCAUCAAAUUUUACCUCUACCCCGAGCCAUCCCGCCUGGCUGAUCCGCAGGUCUGGAUGGAUGCAGGCACGCAAAUAUUUUACUCUUAUGCUCUUUGCAUCGGUUGUUUGAUGGCGCUUGGAAGCUAUAACAAGUAUGACAAUAACUGCUACAAAGAUUGCAUCUAUUUGACCCUGCUGAACAGCGGGACCAGUUUUGUGGCCGGUUUUGCUAUCUUUUCAGUUCUUGGAUUCAUGGCUUAUGAGCAGAACACGGACAUAUCCAAAGUAGCAGAAUCAGGCCCCGGCCUGGCCUUCAUCGCUUACCCACGAGCUGUGGCCAUGAUGCCCUUUCCACAGAUUUGGGCCAUUUUCUUUUUCAUCAUGAUCAUCCUGCUUGGAUUGGACAGUGAGUUUGUUCUGAUGGAAGCUCUUGCGACUGGAAUUUGCGACAUGAAACCUUCCGUCUUCUAUGUUGGCCAUCGACGCAAACUACUUCUUCUCCUCAUCACUGUUGUGUGUUUCUUCAUUGGCCUCUCCAUGGUCACUGAAGGUGGAUUAUACAUCUUUCAGUUGUUUGACUACUAUUCCUGCAGCGGGAUGUCUCUGCUUCUCUUUGCUACAUUUCAGUCCGUGUGUAUUGGGUGGGCUUAUGGAGCAGAUCGUUUCUAUGACAACAUUGAGGACAUGAUUGGAUACAGGCCUUUACCACUGAUUAAACACGUCUUGAAAUAUGUCACUCCAGUUGUCUGCAUGGGAACAUUUAUCUUCUCCUUGGUGAAAUACAAACCUCUAAAGUUCAAUGACACCAUUGAGUAUCCGUGGUGGGGUUAUGCUUUGGGUUGGUGGUUUGUACUGUCUUCCACGCUCAUCGUUCCUAUAUGGAUGGUGUACAAACUGAUGAGAACUCCCGGGACUCUUCGUCAGCGGUUCGCCAUCCUUUGCACUCCAUCUGAAGAUCUUUCGUCAUCCAAUUCGGACAACGAUGUGCUUGAACAGACAGACACCAUGUUGUGAACACAUUGAGGUUUUCCAUUGAUCACUUUGAGGCACAGAAACGUUUAAAUUUAAUGUCGUUUAAUGGUGACAACAAUAAUAAAAAA